CCUACCUGCGAAUCCCGUUCGCCCAAAAAAAAGCUCGUCCUUUGCAUGACUUCACUCCUCGCACAAAAUCACCGUCGACGAUCGAGCUCCAGGCCUCCGACCACGCACGCGGGCGACUCAAUUGGAUCCAUCUCCACCCCCGACUUCGAAUCCUCCUCGACUUCCUAAUCUCUGUCAGCCGACAAACCGCCGCCACCAUGCUUCGCACUCCUACCGUCUCGGCCCUCGUGCGCAACGUCGCCGUUCGCGCCGCCAAGCCCACCAUGGCCGUCCGCGCCGCUUCCACCAUGCCCAUCUCCAACCCCACGCUCGCCAACAUUGAGAAGAGAUGGGAGCAGAUGCCCAUGCAGGAGCAGGCCGAGCUCUGGAUGGCUCUCCGCGACCGCAUGAAGGGCAACUGGGCCGACCUUACCCUCCAGGAGAAGAAGGCUGCCUACUACAUCGCCUUCGGUCCCCACGGCCCCCGCGCUCUCCCCCCUCCCGGCGAGCAGAAGAAGGUCUUGGCCUACACUGUCGCCGGUGUCUUCCUCUCUUUCGUCAUCUUCGCUACCAUGCGCGCCUUCGCCAAGCCCCCUCCUGCCACCAUGACCAAGGAGUGGCAAGAGGCUACCAACGAGUUCCUCAAGGCCCAGAAGUCCGACCCCCUCACUGGUCUCACCUCCGAAGGCUACAACGGCAAGGGUCACGUUCAGUCUCCCUCUGCCAGCGCAUAAGUUUCGCAUACUUUUAUUCGUGCUCAGGGGUAGAAUCAUCCCUCGUUCUCUCGGAUAUCGGCCAUGUCAAACGAGUCUGAGGAUCGGGGGAAAGGACAGUGGUGGCAUUGGAAUGCUUUGGGGCGCUUAACACUUGGGUUGGUGUGUAAAUACUGUACAGCUGACAAUGCAUUAUCAUUUCCUUUAGCCGGCGCGUUUGUUUGUUGUCCGGUGUAAAUGGGGGUCAUGGGGGUUAGGGGAGAUAUGGAACUUGGUAGAGAGGAGUGAGCUGAUGGGGAUAGCUAGAUUCGGGCAGUGAGACCAAACUCCUGGAUAUCAAGAUGAAACGAGGUAUUUGAGGAUUUUAGAGGAGUAGCAUCGUCACACGCGGACAGAAGCUUCCGAGCUUUUAAAGUGCCCAGCACCUUUUCAGAAUGACGUCUCUUUAUCCCUGC